CUAAUUAAGAUCUACAUUUUGGACUCGGGUUGGCUUGCGAGUCCAGGCGUCCACUUUGAAGCAUUGUGGACAGACCAAAUAAAACUGUCUGAAGGACCAGGCCUCCGUUGGUUUGUCUCUGUACUCCGGCUCAUGCCUGCAAGGACAAAAAUGAUCUGCUGCCUAACUUUUUUUGCUGUGGAUGCGCCGAAAAUCACUUCUGGGCCGAGUCUUGCUGUAGUGUUGAAGUCGAAAGUUCAGCUUGGCCUGGUUCGCCGGUCGCUAAACGGCUACUCGUCCGACGUCCUCCCACACAGACUGGGUACACUUCCUAAACCUUCUGGCUUGGCGAAAAUAAUCGUCUUAGGCUGUUUUACUCGGAGCACAUAA